CGCUUCCUAAUUGCAUUACCAUACAUUACUUAGUAACAAACAAAUAUGGACAGGAUGGAAAAAACAAAAAUCAUUCUCUUCUCUUUUAGCAUUCGCCUGUUCAGUUUAAAUCUGCGUUUUACGCGUAAGUUAGAACAAAAUCAACCAAAAAAAAGUCUUACAAUACUUUUAUAGGUUAAGAAAACUUAAAGUUGAAUUAGUGAAUUCCGAAAAACCAAGGAAUUGUAUUAUCUUGGCAACUUUCUCUGCAUGUUCGUCAUCAGGAAAGCGACCAUUUGGAAAGUUGACUUUACUAUACAUCACAGUAUUUAGCUACAUGCGAAAAGGAUAAGAUUGGCGGACGUGUUUUGACUUGUUUGGAACGAUUGUUCUGUCAAAAAUGCCCGCAAAACUCAGUAAAUUCGUGAUUCCAGCGUCCUGUAAGGAUUACGCACAUCCUUGGUCGGAUUCUUGCAUUAGUACUACAGCAGGUCUAGGCCUACAUGCUCUUCAAGAAAGUCUCAGAAUAUAUUCUACAGUUUAUUUUAUUACACUCCUGUUAAGAGGAAAAAUUCCCUCAAAAAACGAUAUUAAAAGAACAAUUCUGAGCAUUUUGCAAUCAACGGCCUUUUUAUCAUGGAGUGCCUUUACGUUUUCAAUGUUUAUUUGUAGUAUAAGGCAGAUCUUAGGAAAAUUUAACAUCCUGACAGUGUCCUUCAUUCCGUCUUUUUUAUCAAGCUUUGCUGCGAUCAUUUUAGAACGUCCCUCGAGGCGUCCAAUGUUAUGUCUAUAUGUUUCAAAUAUAGCCACAGAAGCAUUAUUCAGAAUGGCUGUAUGGAGGGGUUACAUUUCGCCUGUUCCAUACGGUCAAGUAUACAUAUUUGCCUUGAGUAUGGCAAUAUUACUAUAUUUUUUUCGUAGUGAAAAAAACAAAGACGACUCUAUAUUUAGGAUAAUUAGGAUUCUCGUUGGACCGUACGAAGAAGCAAAAUAUCUAAAACGUCAGUCACAACUUGAAAGAAGUCAAGUACAAAUGAGUAAUGAUCAUAAAGAUGAGCGCGAAGGCUCGGAUAAAAAAGGAGACGACAAAUCGAGAAGGAACGGACUAUUUAGUAUUAUUUGGAAAGCCCUUAAUGUUUAUAAGCUCUUAAUAGACAAAUUAAAGGCAAAAAGUAAGCAUGUAUCCUGUCCACAUUCCAACAGUUGUGUUCAUUAUGUUUUAACGGGAAGCGCCAAAUUAUUUAGUUAUGGUUUGUGUGCCCAGUUAGCACUAAAAAUAGUUUUUAAACUAAGAAGCUUAAUAAAGAAGCCACGAUUAUUGAAAGCUACUAUCUUCAAGAAGGAUAAUCUCAAUUUAGCUCUAUCUCUUGGAGGAUUUUCUGGACUUUAUAAGUUGAUGUCGUGUUCAUUGCGAAGAUUUUACGGAUAUGACUCCCAAUAUCACGCUAUUCCAGCUGGAUUGAUAGCGAGUAUUAGUUUUGUAAUGUAUCCAGACAUUACUAUCGCUUUAUAUGUUAUGUGGAAAGCUUUACAGAUUUUAUGGAAUGAUGGAGUCGAAAGGGGAAAGGUACCUGAAGUCAAAUGGUUCGUUAUUUUUUUGUACUGCUUUAGUACUGCAGUCCUCUUUCACGUUGCAAUUAUGGAACCACACAAUUUAAGAGCGACAUAUUGGAAAUUUUUAAUCAAUUUAUCUGGAGGAAGGAUAGCAACAAUGUCUCGUCUACCACUUGAUGAGUUUGGAUUAGAAACUAGCAAAGCCUUGCAAGAGGUCCUUAGAAAAACCAAUACUACCGACCAAUACAAUUAUUCGUUUUAGUAUUAUGUUAUUGUGAUUUACUUUGGUAGGGUCGUUUAUUAUUUAAGAUGAAUAAAUUUAUGUACAGUUAUAGUUGGUGCUAAAA